CUGAGGGAGGAGAUAGAUAAGUACGGGAUAAAGAUCUAUCAGUUCCCGGACUGCGACUCUGACGAGGACGAGGAGUUCAAGCGGCAAGAUAAAGAGCUGAAGGAGAGUACUCCGUUCGCAGUGAUCGGCAGCAACACUGUGGUCGAGGCCCGAGGUCAGAGAGUGAGAGGACGGCUGUACCCGUGGGGCAUCGUAGAGGUGGAAAACCCGUCCCACUGCGACUUUGUGAAGCUGAGGACCAUGCUGAUACGAACCCACAUGCACGACCUGAAGGACAUCACCGGCGACUGUCACUACGAGAACUACAGAGCCCAGUGCAUCCAGACCAUGACCAG